AUGGAGGCCGAGUCUCAAGCAGAGAACAUGAAUGAGGAACAAACCUACGAAUGGGAAAGCAUAACAGCAGAGCUAAACAUCACAAAACCAGUGAAUGAGAUUCAAAUAUGUGACGUCCUAGGCAAGAGUCUCGACAAACUGGGAAAAUGGGAAGCAUUCUACGAAAUGUACGCGAAACGGAUGGGUUUCGGCACAAGAAAAGAUGAUGUACGACGUUCUCACGGAGUCAUUGUAAUGCGCAGGUGGGUUUGUUGUUCCGAGGGUUACAAAAGAAUCACAAUAACGGAAAGACAAAGAAAAAAGAGACCUCAUGAUGUCACUAGAACCGGAUGUCAGGCAGCAUUACGUAUUUUACUCACACAACCGUCUAACACUUGGAAAUGCAAAGAGUUCAGCACAAUACACAAUCACGACCUCGCUUCAUCAAGUGAGGUACAAUUUUUAAGAUCAUACCGAGUAGUGUCCGAUGGCUUGCUUGCCCAAGUUAGGUUGAUGAACUCCGUUGGAAUUAAAACUGCCAACAUAAUGUCUCAUGUUGCUUUGCAAAGUGGAGGUUACGAGAGAAUGCCAUGUCAACUUCGAGAUGUCUACAACAGGGUUGUUGGUGCCAAGCGAGAAGAAAAUAUAGAGACGGACUCGGAAGGAGCGUUGGGAUUUCUUGAUUGUCUCGCAGAGAGGGAUCCAAAUUUCUUCGUUGUAUAUCAGGUGGACGAGGAGAAUCGAUUGGCUAACUUAUUUUGGGCAGAUGGAAACUCACGUGUCGACUAUGUGGCUUUUGGGGAUGUACUAGGGUUUGAUACCACCUACAUGAAAAAUGAGUACAAUAAGCCUCUCACUGUUCUCAUUGGCGUAAACCACCAUUUUAACACAUGCAUCUUCGGGUUCGCUCUCCUCCUCCACGAGAAGCUUCCAUCCUAUAGUUGGCUACUUCAAAAAUUUCUCGAAUGCCAUGGAGAUACGAAGCCAAAUGUUGUAGUUACUGACCAAGAUGUGGCCAUAAAACAGGCCAUCAUGGAACACAUGCCUGAUGUUACACACCGUCUAUGUGUUUGGCAUCUCAAUACAAAUGCUUCCAAAAAGGUUAAAGAUCCGAUCUUCUUGAAAAGAUUUAAAGAUCUAAUGUACAACUACUACGAGGAGGAGGAUUUUGAAGCAAGAUGGUUAGACGUCGUCGAAACCCAACAACUAACAGAUAAUGAAUGGUGCCAAACAACAUUCGACACAAGAAAACAGUGGGUAGAAACUUAUUUAAGGGGUUCAUUCGUUGCAGGAAUGAGAACCACACAACGUUGCGAAUCGAUCAACUCAGCCCUAAAAAAAAUUUUAGAGAAGAAUUAUUGCCUGCGUGAAUUUGUAACAACCAUAGAUAUGACAGUCUCAAAGCUUAGACACAACGAGACUGCAAAUGACUUCAAAAGCAGAUGCACUCGACCUCACCCACCUAAUCCUACAUGCUUGACCACGUACUACAACCAAUGUGCUGAAUUCUACACAAGAACUAUGUACCACAAGGUUGUUGAGCAGCUUGAUUUAGAGAAUAAUUAUUGUGUCAUAAGUCAGGAGCAAGAAGGAGAGUGGCAGAUAUACACCAUUGGAAAGUUUCAGCAUCCGGUAGUCCAAUACCGAGUUCAUUACUGUGAAGGCCAACGAGCACUACACUGUAGCUGCAUGCUAUAUGAAAGUCAGGGGUACCCUUGUAGACAUUUAUGGGAUACAAAGAAAAGAUUAAACAUGAGAAGAAUACCUAAUACUCUUCUCAUGAAGUGA